GUGUCCACCUGCGUAAUAUGGACAGCUUCAUCCGAGCUGUGCAGCAGGUAGAAGACUCUAACCCCAGUCUGUCCCCCCUGGCUCUGGUCAGGGCCCUGCGAAGGACCGCUGGCCACGAUGAUGGGAUGACCAUUCAUUUCUUGGGAGCAUCAUAUAAUGCCAGUGAUGCUCCUCCUGAGGUCCUAGAGACAGCCAUUCUCAAUGCCUCAUCUUUCAGCUUUUUUGACAAGGCCAUCCACCACAUUGUGACUGAUUACGGAGAGGAACGAGGGGUGGUCCUUGCUCCAGAUGGCACCACGGUAGCUCUUGCACCCUUAUUGCUAGGAAUUGAAUUGGGACUGAAAGCCAAGAUGGAGGGCACGCCAGCUGUUGGCAUCUUCCCUCUCACCUUAGGCAGGACAUUGGGCCUGUCCUUCCUCAGCCUCCAGGACUUCCCGUCAUCGUUUCGCCUGGGGCCUAACGGAUGCUGGGACAAUGUGGAACACCCUAAGGUGUUCAAGCUGUCUCGGCCUGCCACUCUAGCCACUGAUGCUGUUAUUAAUGGGGGCAUGGAUGGAGUUAUACUGGGCAUGGACAUUAGCAACCUAUCACCACAUGAACAACCUCAGGCCCUCAGUGACAUUUUGAAAGGAUACUAUAGUUUUAUUCUGCAUGAGGGGCAGGGUUUUGAUGCUGUGACCGGCCAUAUUAGCCCAAGGCGAAGGGAGAUCUCUAGAUCCAUUCUGGAGCCACUUGAUCUUCACAGCCAGGUGAUGGAGACUUUAACUUUAGUCUGGAAGUUGGAGAAGACAGAAUGGAUUGCUCUGGACACUGGAGUGGGGAAGGCAGUGAAGGAUGGAUUGCAGACAUUUGUGCACAAAUACUGGGACUGCCCUCAAAUCAUCCCCCGUUGUCAAUGGGGGGCAAAAGCCUACCGAGGUACGCCUAUCCCACUGUCUCGGCCCCUCCAGUUUCUCUACGUUCACCACACCUAUGAGCCAUCCUCACCCUGUUUAACCUUCCCAAACUGCUCUCGCGACAUGAGAUCCAUGCAGCGUUUCCACCAGGAAGAUCGUGGUUGGAGUGACAUAGGAUACAGUUUUGUGGUCGGCUCUGACGGCUACAUCUAUGAAGGCAGAGGAUGGAACCACCUCGGCACACACACCAGGGGACACAAUGAUAUCGGGUACGGUGUGUCAAUCAUCGGUAACUACACUGCCACCCUGCCCUCUCGCCAUUCCAUGGACCUGUUGCGUCAUCAACUAGUCCAAUGUGCAGUAAAUGGAGGAGCACUGGCUGCCAACUUCACCAUCCAUGGCCACAGGCAGGUGGUGAACUACACUACCUGCCCUGGAGAUGCCUUCUUUUCAGAAAUAAGAAGCUGGGAGCACUUCAGGGAAUAACAGGAUCUCACUGCCAGUUUAAGAUUCUUAAACAUCAUUAAUGGCUCUUCAGGGUAUGGUAAUCUGUCACUGCCUCUGUUUAUAUUAUUUUUCAUCAUAAUUGUUUCACUGUAUGAAAUUAAUUAACCUUCAAGGCCCUGGACUAGUUUGAUCUAGAUUAAUGAUGGCCGACUAAAUGAAUCUGUCAGGUCAUCCUGACAUGUGGGGCACCAGUGGGUUUAAUGCUGAGACUGGUGCUUUGAAGCUCAUUCAGGUUUGGUUCUCCUGAACCAAUGUACUGUAAUCAUUAUGUGACAGUGAACCACCUUAUUUUAACAACUGUAAUCACCUUUACAGCAGACCCUCCCAAUAUGGAAAUCAGUGUGACACUUAGAGUUUAGCAUAAAUAUUAAAGGGUUUACCUAUAGGAGUAAGAUGGAAUUUGUUUGUUAAAGAUCCAGUGUGUAACAUUUAGGAGGAUGUA